AGUACAGUGCUGACACAUACUAAGUCCUUAACAAGUAUGACAAUAAUAUUUACCAUGAUAGUAAUAAAUUCGAUUGAUUGAUUGUUCGAUUGAUGGGCUGGUAUAGCUGGGGCUUUGGGGAUUGAAUGAGGGAAGGGUUAGUGCAGGAGGUGAGAUUGAAGAGUGACUUUGGGGAUCUAGAAAGGGCUUUCCUGACUUGAAAUUGAUUUCAGUCUCAGUCUCCCCUUUAGAUUGUAAGCCCCUGAGAGGAGGAAUCCUAAUUACUAACUCUAUUGGCCUCUCCUAAGCACUUAGUACACUGCUCUGCGCACGGUGGGUACUCCAAACCACUGAAUGAUUAAUUGAUUGUUACUUUUAUCUGGGACACCAAAACAUCAGAGCCCUCAGUUAGAUUCAUCUCCAUUGCAUGACAGUGUCCACAUUAAAACCUGGUCUUUGGGAAAACCCCGAAAGCUGAAGCUCCAUUAGCAGGAAGUCCCCAAACACAUGCGGUCACUUCUGUGUAAGAAAGGUAUGAUGAGAGACUGACCUCAGAACAGGAGGGGUGGAAUCUGUAGACCACAGUUGACCUAUGCACAGGAGAGUGAAGUCAUAGAGCUCCAGCCACCGGAGAGAAAAAUGGAUGAUAGCCAGGCUCAUUGCUGAAUCCACCCCAUUCUGGCAGCUGGCCAGCACUGGACACAAUCAUGGACAGCUGGAGGAACCCAGCAAGCUCUCCCGAACUCCCAGACCCAGACAGCUGCCAUCAACUCCAACUUCACCAAUCUGACUAACCUGACCUUCAGGACCCCCCAAACCACCCAGCCCUCCUGGACCACCCAGACCUCAGACUGCACCCCAAGAGCCAUGUCCUUGAACUGCAAUGCAGAAGGCUGGGAGGCCUUUGGGGGAAGCUGCUACCUCAUCUGUGAGACCUCACAAAACUGUGGUGGCAAACAACCCAAGUGCAAAGAAUGUUCAGACUGUGACCAGGAGAAACAUGGCACCUGGAACUGCAGCCGACGGGAAUGUUCCCGCGACGGGGCUGACCUUGUGAUCAUCAACAGCAGACAGGAGCUGGAGUUUCUCCACAGCAGAUUAAGACCAUCGGGAUGUUUUUACUACAUCGGUCUCAACAAAAUCCAAGACCAGUGGCGAUGGAUCAAUGGCGAGCCUCUGAUAGAGAGCAAGGUGCCGCUGGAAAAUAUCAAUAAAACAGAUACUAGAGACCAUCACUGUGCUACGAUUCGCCAUGGUAACGUGUCAACAGCAUCGUGUAAUGAUACUGAUAGACAUAACUGGAUCUGCGAGAAGGGAGCUGGUGGUCGGAGCUGCCCGACGUCACGGACUCAAGCCAGGGGAGCUUGAGCUUGAAGAGCGGGGAUGGAACCAGACAACAGGGCCAGCGGGUCGUUAUUCAUUCAUUCAUCCAAUUAUUUAUUGAGCAAUUAUUGUGGGAGGGGCACUGUACG